GCUUCGCUCCCGGUUCGGCAUCGCGCAUACUUUCAGUCGUGAGUUUUCACUAGGAUCGAACGCGUCGCGUAGCUCUCUCGUGCUGCAGCAGGCAGACCGUCGUUUUACCUGCACACCACUGUUUCGGGGUGGGCAUUUGCCAUAGUUUGGAGUGUCAGAUUUUUCCUCACAUAUCUACAUUUUGAAUGAGCAGUGAGUUCUACCGUCUGCCAUCUGUAUAGUGGAAAACGGACGGGAUGGGUGAAUCCUCCGGGAAUCGACGUCGGGUUCCGGUCGUGUUCACAGUGUAGAGGGGUGGUCAGUAGUAGAAGCAGCCUCCCCCCGCCUGCUCCGACGGAAAAUCUUGCCAUAUCGUGAGCUGAGGAGAGAAGAAUUUCAACCCCCGUCGUGAAAAUUGGGCCAAGCCGCAAUUCAUCUGCACAGGUGGAAAGGCUCUGCCGCUCUGUCCGGUUGAUCCGUGAAGAGCCUCGCGUAAAUGGAUUUUCUUUGACGAGUGAUAGUGUGAAUGAGUGAGUGCUGAAAAGCGACCAUCCAGCUUGGCCUUCCCCAACCGCAUGGAAAAAACGGUACAGAUAGUGAUCCGAAGGAUUUUUGUUCGCUUGCGGAUGACACGCGUCCUUUUUUCGCUCCCAUACACGCACGUAUGUCAUUGGUAAGAGCGGAGAUACGUCUGAAAGAAGAUUGAAGAUUGUGAUUGAAAAGUGGUGUUCAAAGGAAAGACCUUCCGUUCCCUCCCACACAUCCUUGCAUCGACAGAAGGAAGGUGAAAUAUUAAUGAAUGGAGAAAAAUGCUGUGUGUGAGAGAGGCUACCACCUACUUCCGGUUCCGCGGGGUGGCUCUGGUGACCUAGUUUCGUCGGUGCUUCGGUCGUUUGGAGAAAGUUGAUUUGAAUGCGGCUUAGAGAAAAUAAAAAUUGAGUGGAGGUUAACGGCGGAGUGAAGGAAUAUUCAUUUUUUUUUUUGUGGAAAUGAGUGAACGGGAGGAAAAGGCUGUUGGUCCCGUGGCAGCAUAAGAAAAAAAUCAAAAAGGAAUUUCGUACGCAAAGUGUGAGGUGUUCAAAUCCUGUUUCGUGCUAAUUUUGAUUCUAUAUUUUCACUCGGAAAAGCACAUUAGCGAACAAGAGACCUGUGGUUCGGGACAAACGGUUUAAGUUUGUUUAAACAGUUGAAGAAGCUCCCGAUCCGGAAUCGAAAACAAACUGCAAAGGUGCGAUUUAUCUGGAGUGCACGAUUGUGUGGCAGAAUCUAAGCCCAAAGUGUAUUCCUGUGCCCCAAUUGCCACCUUUAACCCGUGUUGAAAGAAGAAAAAUAAAAGAACAGCAAAAGAAGAAAGGUGUAUCCCUGCGGAUGAACGCAAAACGGAAAGCAAUCAACGGGCAUCCCCUCUUCUGUUCUGCGUGAUACUCUGUCGUUUUGAAAAGAACCCGAAUACCUAGUUAUCCUAAGCAGAAGAAAAUUCGGGUGAAAUCAGUUGAGGAGAAAGCAAUCGCCGCGCUGCCCGAGUGAAACGCGAUGGCCUAUUUACCGGCAGGAAGCAGCACCGAGCAGCAGCGGAACCGGCAGGCCGACGUCAACGACGACGGCACCGGGAAAUUUGGCUGCCGGCUGAGCUGAGCUGAACCCGUAACCUUGCGCGGCCCCAGUGUGCGAAGAAAAGGAAAAUUUGUUUGAAAAAUCUUUGAAUAUCCUACCUAUCUAUCCUACCUAUAUAAUAGGAGAGUGUUUUGGCUGUGCGUGUGUGUGUGUUUGUGAAAAAAAGUGUGCGGGGAAGUGUUCUGGUGAAACAACUAACGCAAGCAGUCAGUGGCAGGCAACAGUUUCAACUGAUAACAAGAGGAAAGGAAGCAAAGCGUAAAAAAAAUGCCGGGCAUUGUAGUGUUCCGCCGACGGUGGUCAGUCGGCUCCGACGACCUAGUGGUUCCCGGUUUGUUUCUCUUCGUCAUCCACUUGAUAUGGUUGACGGUGCUGGCAGUGGUGACGGGAAUUUUCCAGUACGACCGGUCCGUCCAGUGCAUAGAGCUGCUAUGGUACUUCCAGAUCGGUUACAUUUCCAUUUUAAGUUGUUGCAUCCUGUUAGAAAUCGCCAUUUGCAUUGUUGCGAUGCGAGGAAGCAUCCUGGACAUGGAGCCUCGAGCAGUCAUGCCCUACCUGUUGUACACCCGAGUCCUGGUCAUGAUCGUGGACCUAACCUGGCUGAUCCUGGGUGCCAUCUGGUUGAAGGACCACUACUUCGACUGUCCCAUCCAGGAACCGAAGGGAACGAUGAUUGCGGUGGUCAUCUGCAACCUGUUGGUAAUCUUCAGCAUGUUCACCACCAUCUGGUGCACGUUCGAUCCGGCCGGACGGUCUUGGGUCAAGAUGAAAAAGUACCAACGAUCGAUGCGGGAAUCGGAAUCCCGGUUCAACUACAAACGGAGCGGCAGCCGGAGUCGAAACUGGCGCCAGCGGAAAGUGAUACGAGCCUACCAGGACAGCUGGGACCACCGGUGUAGACUGCUGUUUUGCUGCAUGGGCAACAGCGAUCGAAGUCGGAACUCCUUCACCGACAUCGCUCGACUGCUGAGCGACUUCUUCCGGGAUCUGGACGUAGUGCCGUCUGACGUGGUGGCAGGUCUCGUUCUGCUGAGGAAGUUCCAGAAGCUGGAACGGGAAGCAGUUGUGCGACAGCGCAAAAACGGUACCUACGAGUUCCUAUCCGGUGUUCCCAUUACCGCUAAUACUCAGUUCUUGGCGUUGAACGACUCCAAAGACUACGAUCACUUUCAGACUGUGAUCCGCUACAUGUACUUCGCCCAGGGUGCCUACGGCUGGCCUAUGUUCCUGAUGAGUCACUCCCGGACCGGCAUCUGCCAGCUCGGUUCGGAGCUGACGUGUUGUCUUUCCUGCUGCCGACGGAAGACCGGCGUCGACGUGGUGGAGGACAACUGCUGCUUCUGCAACUAUGCGGCCCUCAAGAAGAUGCUGCAGAUCGGGGAGGUCGAGGUCAUCUACGCCACAUAUCACGUAGACAUCGGUGAAACGCCAUUCUUCGUUGCCGUCGAUUACAACUACAGCAAGAUCGUGGUCAGCAUCCGCGGUACGCUGAGCAUGAAGGACGUCCUGACGGAUCUGAACGCCGAAGGAGACUGCCUUCCGCUAACUCCACCCCGCGAAGAUUGGAUCGGUCAUAAGGGCAUGGUCCAGGCGGCGAUCUACAUCAAGAACAAACUGGAGGAGGAGAAUCUCAUUCAACGGGCCCAGGCCCACAAUCCGGCGCGUGGUACUCAGGACUUUGGCCUGGUGCUGGUAGGGCAUUCGCUCGGUGCCGGAACGGCAGCCAUCCUGGCCAUUCUGAUGAAGCAGCAGUACGACGAUCUGCACUGUUACAGCUAUUCACCGCCAGGUGGCCUGUUAAGCAUGCCCGCGGUAGAGUAUAGCAAAUCGUUCAUUACCUCGGUAGUGGUAGGGAAGGACGUCGUUCCGCGGAUCGGUCUACACCAGAUGGAAGCCCUCCGGGCGGAUCUGAUCAACGCCAUCCAGCGGAGCAUAGAUCCCAAGUGGAAGACGAUAGCCUGUUCGGUGAUUUGCUGCUGUUGCGGUCCGGAACCGACUUCCGUAACCAUGAUGUCCACCAAGGAGGAGCACGUUAUACGCUACGAACAGGACCGGACCAGUGCCCGCCAGAGCACCGUUCACCCCAACGACAACUCCAUUGCCCUGACGCUGCACCACCCUCUGUAUCCACCCGGACGAAUCAUUCACAUCGUACGGCACCAUCCCAGUCAGGACGACAGACAAAUUCUGAAGAAGCGUGAACCCGUCUACCAGGCGAUCUGGGCCGACAAUACCGCCUUCGACGAGGUGCUCAUCUCGCCCGUGAUGCUGCAGGACCACAUGCCGGACAAGGUGCUCGCCGCACUCAAUAAGGUUAUAACCACGGUCGGCCCCCGUAAACCCCAGCGCCAAUCAUCGAACGCCAACUCAUCGAUCGCAUCCGAAGCCAUUGAAGCACUACUACACCCGGACGGACAUUACUUCAUCAACCACAACAACACGGCUGCUGCUGGAGAACCGACGCUGGUGGCCCUGCAGAGUCCGGCAUCACCUUCGGUACCGCACAAGAUCUGUUUGGAAACUUCUUUCACCAGCCUCCAAUCUCCACAGGAUCACAAUCCACCCAGUAAGGCUUCUUCCGUAGCCGGUAGCAUCCUGGGCGUUCGCAGUCAACUGUCCAGCGUCGUUGACGAUAGCGGCAUUCCGAAAAGCCUAUCCGGACCGAGCGAAGCCACCACGGUAAUCCUGAACAACACUGAUCCACACCACCAUCAACACCGAGCUCCAAGUUCCGCUAGCAAUACUGCACGGACGGUUGCCUUCAACACUUCGCCGAACGUUAUACGAAAUGGGGUCCCUCCGGCAGGUCCAAGCAACUCCAACGAAAAUAAACCCAUGAGUCUAUCGUGGAACGGUACUCUACAGAAUUCCGGUGAAAUCAAAAAAAUCGACUUGAUCCACGACGACUGGUUCGGGUUGGCCCCGCUGGCCAGCCCCGAGUCCCUGUCGGAACUGUCGAGCAUCAGUUCCCGAGCAAGUUUUGGAGUUAACCUGGCGUCCAGUAUUGACCGGUACCUGGAGAAAAUCACCGAAAGCAAGCAAAGUCGAUCGAAGGGCGAUGGGACCGAUCCGCUACUGGAGUCACAGCUGCACACGCCGAAAAUCAUGCGACGGACACCGAAGGUAAGCGGAAACCUGUCAUUGUGUGCAGAAGACGUCAAAACGAUCAACAGCUACAAGCGGAUGGGCAAGAUCUUCGUGCUGAAUCGAGUGCCUUCCGAUAGCGAUUCAACGAUGGAUAGCUACGAAUCGGCGCACAACGUGAUCGUAUUGGACGGGAACGGAAUCAUCGGCGCGGAAGGACUGACCGCUAGCGGAACGUCACCGAUCAAGGAAAACUCUAGAUCAGCGGAUAACCUCGACGAGCUGAACUCACGGCAAGCGGCACCGGGAGGCAAUUCCUCAUCCGGAACCGCUGGAACCAAGAAGACCUCAUUUACAGUAAGUGAUAGCGCGAUACAGCAAGAGUGUACCUCAAAUUGUCCAUCGUGCCCUUGUCGGAGAUCUCCCGGUGGACCAUGCUGUCAAAAGUUCAACCAUCGCGAAUGCUACAACUACAAGUACACCUCGUUCAACAUCUUCAAGUUCAACAACAAUCGGGAUAGCAAGACGGCCAGUUCCAGCGAUACAUACCACAGCGCCAUGUCUUCGUUGACCGGCGACCUCGACCACACUGGUUCCAGUACAAACAAUUUCCACUCUAGCAGUAGUAGCAGUAGCAGUAGAACCCUCCAAAACACCAGCCUAAAACCGGGAGUCCUAGAGUCACACUUCCCCGUCUAUCAGGAAACGGCAUCGGAAGAACGACUUUCGCUACUAUCCAACAUCAAGGAAAGCAGCCCGGUUCGGUUGCCAACCGCAACGACAAUAACCAACCAACGAGUGAACCUGAAAGGUCAUCUAACCUCAGCCACCGCCGCAAACAAACGCCACAACGAGGACGACCUGAUUGCAUUCUCCCGGAAUGAGUCACUCCCCCUGUUGGCGAACCUCGUCGAAAAGUCGUCCCCAACCAACUACGUCCGCAAGAAACAUUCCGUCUAUCCCAGCGAAGCUGGUCACCCAAUCGCCACGGCAGGUUUCAGCGCCAGCAGCAGCAAUGGCCGCGGCAGCAUCGCCACCAUCCACUCGUCCUCGUCCUAUUCGUCCGUCACGUCGUCUCCCAGUCGGUACCCCAAGAACGAAAGCAGCGUAUGAGAACGGAACCAAAGCUCCGAAACGCUAGUCUAAAAACCCAUCAUCAAUUACCUAACCUCAAUUCGAAUCUCUCAAUCUGAAUCUCUCACUCUCACUUUCAGUCUCUCUCUCUCUUUCUCUAGUCUAUUAGUCCUUUUCUUGUUCCCCUUCUUCUACAAUUACGACAAAAAUAUCGUUCCUUCCAAUUCUCGAAUUCAAUCAAUCACGCGAAUUCACCGAGUUCUUCAUCAAGGGUAGGCCUUAACAAGUUGUGAAUCUCUUUUCGGAUAGGACAAAACAAAGAUAAACUGUUACGCGAUCGGUUCUAGUCAAACACCGUAGAUUCACAGUGUGUAAUCCUAGUGAUGUAGUCAAUAAAAGUCAUGUCAACAGCGUGCCAAAAACCAGCUAAUGAGCGAGGCAUUUACUCUCUUCUAAGUUAGACACAGAGUAGGGGAAUCAGAAAAAGUCAAUUUUACUAUACAAAACAGCAUGUGUUAGAAAGUGUCACAGCCAGGCGAGGUGCAGGAAUUCAGGACCUCAGCCGAACGGGUGUGGCAAUUUGAGAGUAGAAAACGUUAAGCUUAUCCGGUUUAGAAAAUAUACAAACCUCCUUUAAAAAAAAUUAUAAUUCCAGCAACAACAAAAAUACUAAACUUGAGAGAAAAUACAAACUUUAAGACACGAAGAAGGAACAAAACGCCGUUUAGAAUUUUUACAAUUUCAAUUUCACAAAACUUUUAAAAGCAACUUUGUUACUAAGGAAAACUUUGAGUAAAAUUAAACAAAAAAAAAAAGUAGGUAAAACUAUCAACAAACAGAAGUAAACAAAUGGUGUUUAGCGCAAGAGAAUAGUGUUAGCAAAACGAAAGGGUCUAAAUAUUCUAAAUUUUUGUACAUACACUCAUUCCUGUACGUGUGUGCGCGGUGGAAGUGUCUGGAAAAGAAACGUGCAGGAAUGUUAUCCAAAACGGACAUGGAAACAAUAACAAACCAAAAAACACACCCAAGAGGAAAGUUUCUAAGCAAAAUGGGAACACUACGUAGGGAAAUCAAAUCAAAGAAAACAAAAACACGAUGAAGGACAAUUCUAGUGAAAAUCUUCAGUAAGGUUGGCAAUUCUUGAAACAUUGGAAUUUAAAGCAAACAUAAACACACAGACACUUAAAAUUACAAACUAAUUGAUUGUACUAAAAUCCAAGUAAUAAAUUUCUCGAUUCGUUGAUAAAGCAGAAUGAUAAAAGUUUAAAAAUGCAACAAACCAGGAAGCAGAACUAAAUAAAAUAAAUUCACAUUUAAAGAAAAAAAAAAGUAAAGAAAAUGAAUCAUGGAAAACGGAGAAACAAAGCAGAUUAAAAAAGUAUGGAAUAUUAUUACCAUUUAGAGAAUAUAUUUGUUAGUUGAUUGAAGGUAAGCUGAAA